AUGUCUCGCCAGUCCACCGUCAGGAUCCAGAGGGGGAGAAGCGGCUUCAGCGCCGCCUCGGCCGUGGUGCCCAACACCUGCAGGACCAGCUUCAGCUCCUGCUCUGUCACCCGGGUUGGCAGCUGCAACGCUGGCAGUGGCUUUGCUAGGGUUGGUGGUGGUGGCUUUGGAAGCAAAAGCCUCUACAACGUUGGUGGAUGCAAGAGGAUCUCUGUGGCUGGCCGGGGUGGGAGCUUCUACGGAUCCGCAGGGCUCGGGGCGGGGAGCGUCUACGGUGGGGGCUUUGGAUAUGGUGCCUUUGGUGGGGGCAUGGGGGGCCCUGGAUUCCCAGCUGGGGGCAUCCAAGAAGUCUCCAUCAACCAGAACCUGCUGAAACCUCUGAACUUGGAGAUCGACCCCAGCAUCCAGAGGAUCCGAAAGGAGGAGAAGGAACAGAUCAAAACCCUCAACAACAAAUUCGCCUCCUUCAUUGACAAGGUCCGAUUCCUGGAGCAGCAAAACAAGGUGCUGGAGACCAAGUGGAGCCUGCUUCAGGAGCAGGGGAUGAAGACAGUUAGGAACAACCUGGAGCCACUCUUCGAGACCUACAUCAACAACCUGAGGGUGCAGCUGAACAGUUUGCUGGGUGACAAGGGCAGGCUGGAGGGAGAGUUGGUCAACACACAGUACCUGGUGGAGGACUUCAAGAAGAAGUACGAAGAUGAAAUCAACAGGCGCACGAUGGCGGAGAACGAGUUUGUGACGCUCAAGAAGGACGUCGAUGCUGCCUACAUGAACAAGGUGGAACUGCAAGCCAGGGUGGAUGCCCUGACUGAAGAAAUAAAUUUCCUGAGAGCCCUCUACGAAGCUGAGCUGUCUCAGAUGCAGACGCAGAUCUCUGACACCUCCGUGGUGCUCACCAUGGACAACAACAGGAACCUGGACCUGGACAGCAUCAUCUCAGAGGUCAAGGCCCAGUAUGAGGACAUUGCCAACAGGAGCAGGGCUGAAGCAGAGUCCUGGUACCAAACCAAGUAUGAGGAGCUGCAGGCCACAGCAGGCAGGCAUGGGGACGACCUCCGCAACACCAAGCAGGAGAUCUCGGAGCUGAACCGCCAGGUCCAGAGGCUGCGCUCGGAGAUCGACAGCGUCAAGAAGCAGUGUGCAAAUCUGAAGGCAGCCAUCGCCGACGCUGAGGAGCGCGGGGAGCUGGCCCUCAAGGAUGCCAAGGCCAAGCUGGCAGAGCUGGAGGAUGCCCUGCAGCAGGCCAAGGCUGACCUGGCCAGGCAGCUGAGGGAGUACCAGGAGCUGAUGAACGUCAAGCUGGCCCUGGACAUCGAGAUUGCAACCUACAGGAAGCUGCUGGAGGGGGAGGAGUGCAGGCUGGCUGGAGAUGGUGUCCCAGUGAAUAUCUCUGUGACCAGAACAACUGUGGGAACAGGCUAUGGAGGAGGCAGCAACCUCAGCAUGGGAGGGGGAAUCUGCAGCAUGGGGAACAGCUUCAACUGCAGCAGUGGCCCUGGGCUGAGCAGCACCACCCUGGGAGGGGGCAGCAGCUCCAGCAUGAAGUUUGUCUCAACUUCCUCCACCAGAAGAAGUUACAGAAGCUAA